UCAUUUCUUAUCAAACAUCAUCCCUAAUCAAUACAGUUUUGCAAUGUGUCGAAACGCUUCAUGACGCGUUAUCAACCUAUCACUAGGCAUUAGUGUCAGGGAUACUGGUCGUGUUUAGUUGAUACUGGGGUCGACACCAACGUCUGCAGUCGGAAAUACGCGCUACCCGCCGAACCAGACGAUGGUGCUGUUUUGGUGAACAAACAAUGUGUGUUUGUGUUUCCCCUUCAGGCUGCUCUGACAAGAUGGAGCACCUGAACAACUCCACCCAGCUGAGCGCGCAGGUGUCGCAGAGCGGCGGCGGGAAGGCGUACCUGUACGUUCUAAUCGUCAUCUCCUUCUACGGGGUCUUCCUGUGCGGCAUCAUGCUGGGCUACUUCCACUCUAAGCGGAAGGAGCGGCGGAGGACCAACAUCUUCACGCGCCUCGUGCACGAGGAGCAGCAGCGCGAGUGGGGCGAGCUCCCCAAGAAGCACAGUCUGGCCGGCCCCGCGGACGAUGACGUCACGGCGACGGGGACGAGACCGCCGCGUUUGGCCCCGCCCUUCCGCGUGAACCACGUCGGCCACCUGCGUCACGAGGGCGCGCUGCCCUCUCCGCUGGCGUGCGCGCUGUGCACGGAGCAGAGCAGCGUCAGCUCGCUGUGCUCGUCCGCGGACACGCGCCUGGCCAUCGAGGAGGAGGAGUCGGACAGCGGCACCGGGGAGGGACCGGAGGAGACGGCCCAGAAGGUGCCGUCGGAGAUCAGCGGGGAGGACUCGGGAUGAAAAACGGCAGGACGUGUUUCAUAAAUUCACCAAAACUUCACCGUGGAGUGAUUGAGUCUGUUUAGCUGAUUGGAGAGCUAGCUUCCGCAGCUAGUGGGUCCAUGAUGAUGACUUCUAUUUUGAUUGAUCAGCCGUUUUACUGCAGUGUGACAGAUAGCGUUUGGAAACAAUUAAGUUGUCAUGGCAGCCAAGGGAGGCGGUAAGGCUGAGCACACCUGACAGGAGUCACCACACCCUACAUAUAGUGAUUGCACACUAUUGUUACUUGCCAGUUCUUUACCUUACUUCCCUCCAUGAAUCCAGACCACGCCAACCUUCCUCCUACAGUUCACCUGCUAGAAUCUUUUCAAUGGUGUUACUUAGUUUUUUGUACCCAGCCUUUUACCUGCCUUCCUACGGCCACUUUAUUUUGAACUUUGACCCCUUGGUUUUUUUCGUGGCACUGGUUCCUUCACCCAGUGCUAUUGUUUUUUGUUACAUCCUUAACUUGGAUAUUCAACCUUUUUGAACUGUUAAGUCUCUCUCUGCUUCUGCAAUCGAGCCUUUCUGAACAUAACAAAAAUAUAUUGUUUUUUUUUGUUCAUUAAUAGUAACAAUGUGUCAUCUUUUUCUCAUUACAUUAUGUUUUUAUCUCUUUUACAUUUUGAUUGGUAUUUUUUAGGUUAUGUACAUUUAUAUGUACAUGUACAUGCUGUAUCGGAACAGAUCCAUCAAGAGUUCAAGCAUGAAAUAUGUUGUAUAGGAAUUAACUAUACACAAUAAAACAUUAACAAAAUGCU